GCCAUGGCUAGUUCAAUUUCUCAUUUCAUGAACACUGCCACCCUUUUUCUACUUGCAUUGAGUCUCAGCCUCACCAUUCACCAGGUCAUGAGUACUGUCAAUAUUAACCCUACUCGCACCUGCGGACCACUGAUUCUAGCCACUGAUACUGAUCGCGUUCGAUUUGCUUUGAACUUGGAGUACUUGGAGGCUGAGUUUUAUCUAGUCGGUGCUCUCGGAAGAGGCCUAGACAGCACCAAUCCAGAUUAUAGCAACGGCGGUCCUCCUCCAAUUGGUGGUCAGAAGGCCCGUCUCGAUGACCCUGAUGUUGCUCGUAUCAUUGAGGAAUUUGCUUAUCAAGAAGUUGGCCACAUCAGAGCUAUCACAAGCGCAGUAGGAGGAAUUCCGAGGCCUCUCUUAGACAUCAGCAGUGCAACUUUUGCAAAAGCUUUCAACAAGAUAGUGGGUUACUCCCUCAAACCUCCAUUUAACCCCUACGCAAACUCGGUCAAUUUUCUGCUAGCAACCUAUGCAAUCCCUUAUCUGGGACUAAAUGGCUACGUCGGAACCCUUCCAAGCCUUAUCACCUCUUCUUCUCGCGAAUUGAUUGCAAAACUUUUGGGAGUUGAAGGUGGACAAGAUGCAGUGGUACGUUCCUUACUGUACAAGAAAGCAAACCAGAAGGUGGUUCCGUACAAUAUCACGGUGGCUAAAUUCACCAACCUCAUCUCUGCAAGUCGAAAUCUCCUCGGUGGGUGUGGUAACAAAGACGAAGGCAUCAUUCUGCCUAACACGAUGCUCGGGGCAGAAAACAAGACAACCAGCAAUGUUCUAUCCGCUGAUGCAAAUUCGCUUGCCUAUCCGAGAACCCCGGCUGAGAUCUUAAGGGUUCUCUAUGGAAGUGGUGAUGAAUCUGUUCCCGGUGGGUUAUUCCCUAAAGGAGCUAAUGGAGCUAUUGCAAGGCGCUACCUUACUAGAUAG